AUGUGGUUAGAAAUUCUAAUACUUCCAGCAGUGUACUUUUUGGUGGUAUUUUACCGUUGGGGCACCAAAAAUCAUGACUUCUUCAAGAAACGCAAUAUACCCUAUGAGAAACCCGCAUUUAUUUUUGGAGGUGGAGCUGAGAUGAUUUUCCGCAGGAAGUCGGUGGUUCAAGUGCAGCAAGAAAUACACAAUCGACAUAAUGGAAUAGCUUAUGGAGCCUUUGACAAUCGUGAUCCCACCCUUAUGCUCAAGGAUCCCCAAUUGAUCAAACAAAUAAUGGUCAAGGAUUUCGAUCAUUUUGUUAAUCGUCGUAGAUUCUUUUCUGAUACGGAAAAUCUAUUCAGCAGUUCCAUACUCAUGAUGGAGAAUGAAAAAUGGCGUGAUAUGCGUAGUACUCUGAGUCCUGCCUUUACAGGCAGUAAAAUGCGUCAAAUGUUUCAAUUGGUCUUGCAGACUCUCGAUGAGGCCAUGAAGUAUUUGGAGGAGCGUUCCAAAGAAGUGGCUAAUGCUGCAGAGGGCUUUGAGCUGGAUGUUAAGGAUUUCACAACACGUCUAAUGAAUGGCGUGAUAGCAUCUACAGCAUUUGGCUUGGAAGCCAAUUCGUUCAAGGAUGAAGGCAAUGAGUUCUAUAAGAGAGCCAAAAAUGCAGUUUCCUUUACACCAGCCCAGCAAAUUAGGGUCAUAUUUGCAAUGAUUCUACCCAAAGUGGCAAAGUUUCUUGGCAUCAAGGUUUUCGAUGAAGAAUUCAGCAAAUAUUUCAUGAAAUUGGUUUUGGACACCAUGAAAUAUCGUCAGGAAAAUAAAAUUCAACGAGCCGAUAUGAUAGACUUGCUAAUGGAGGCCAAGGGCAUGAUACCUGGUGACACGCCUAAAGCAAAGCAACACAAUUGGUCUGAUGUGGAGAUUGUAGCCCAAUGUUUUGUAUUCUUCUUUGCUGCCCUAGAACCUGUAUCGACGACCAUGAGUUUUGCAGUUCGCGAAUUGUUGGAAUACCCAAAUGUUCAGGAAAAACUCUAUGAAGAAAUUAAAAACUACGAUGAACAACUGGAGGGCAAACACGUUACCUAUGAGUUAUUGCAAAAAAUGCCCUAUAUGGAAAUGGUCAUCGCAGAGGUUUUAAGAAAAUGGCCUGUAACCCUUGUAGUGGAUCGCACCUGCACCAAGGAUUUCACCUUUGAAUCCCCAGAGACAGGUGAACGGGUGGAGGUUCUGAAAGGAGAUUUCGUGCGUGCCAGUUUGAUUGCCAUUCAUAGAGAUGGGAAAAUUUUUGAAAAUCCCGAUGUCUUGGAUCCGGAACGUUUUAGUGAGGAAAAUAAAUCGCAAAUAGAUAGUGGCCUGUACUUGCCUUUUGGUUUGGGCCCUAGAAACUGUAUAGGAAAUCGUUUUGCCUUGUUGGUGCUGAAGGCAUUUUUGUAUAAUUUAGUUUUGCAUUAUCGCUUGGAACCUUCUUCACAAACUUGUCUGCCUACGGUAGUGGAUAAGAAGACUUUCCAGCUCAGACCUGUGGGAGGAUUUUGGGCACAAUUUAUACCCAGGGCAUAAAUUUUCAAACAAUAAAUACUUAUACUUAAUUAUAUUUCACUACAACAUUUA